UUUUUGUGAUUUACUAUUUUUAUUUUUCCUUAUGUGCAAGAUUGAUGGCUUUUAACAGUAAAAUUCCGAUAGCUGAAAUAAAUAAGGAAAAUAUAAACAAAGUAUGGCCACAGUUACUAAGUGCGAUUCAACAGGCACAUAUUGUAGCAAUUGAUUUGGAGUUUAGCGGUCUUGGUGAUUCUUCUAAUAAAAAGGCAUUCUCCGAUCGGUACAGGAUUGCUAAAGAAACAGUAAAAAGCCGUACAAUUCUAUCAUUGGGAAUAGCUACAUUUCAAAGGAGGCAGACGAAGAAUCCUCUGAAUAUUUCUUAUAAAUGCAAGAUUUUUGAUCUGCUUUCGCUUGAAUCAAAGCCCUUUGUUGCAGAUCCUGAGGCUUUUGUAUUUCUUUCAUCACACGGUUUCGACUUUAAUCGAUUGUUCAGUCAUGGCAAACGCCAGAGAGAAUAUUUUCAAAUCACUUUUCGAAGAAAUUUUCGCAUCCGGUGUUUCGCUUGCAGUUCACAAUGGACUUAA